AUGGCAUCAUUUUCCGGACAUACAACUGGUGCUGACUUACUUACUGGUUUAUUGAGCAUUUGCAACAAAUCAGCACUGGACUUUGACAAGCUAUCCAGCAUUGCCACUGAUGGAGCACCAUCUAUGGUUGGAUGUGAGAAUGGCAUGGUCACCUUGCUGAAAAACCACCUUGGGGACAGGCAAAAGGAGUUAGUCCAGUAUCAUUGCAUAAUUCACCAACAGCAACUUUGUGCAAAGAAGCUGGGAUUUGAACGUCUGCUGAAAGAUGUCUAUGAUACUGUGAACUUAAUCCGCCGUCAUGGACUCAACCAUCGACUCUUCACAUCAUUUCUUGAAGAAAUAGAUGCUGAUUAUGCUGACCUGCCCACGUAUACUGAAGUUCGUUGGCUGAGCAAGGCAACAGUCCUCAAGAGAUUUGUGGAGCUAUUGGGGCCUAUUAUCACUUUCCUCAAAGAACGGGGGAACACUACAAGGAAUUUGGAGGGACAAAGAUGGCAGUGUGAUUUAGCUUUCCUUGCUGACAUUACUGCUUAUCUAAACGACCUUAAUUUGAGAUUGCAGGGAAAGAUGCAACUUGUUUCUCAGUUGACAAGUAACAUCAAUGCAUUUAUGACCAAACUAUCACUUUUCAAGUCCCACAUGCAAUCAGAGAACUUUACACACUUUCCACAUUGCAAGGCCAUGAAAGAGAAAUACCCACAUAUGAAGAUGGAUUACUCUGACCAAGCAAACUAUACCGAUCCUGUCACAAAAUUGAGGUAUUCAAAUUCAGAAGAAUAUGCAAAGAUAAAGACCCUUUCUCCUGAUAUUGUAAAUGAUUAUCUUUCAUUGCGCAAAGCAAACAAUCCAAUUACAUGA